CGUUGUGCCGGAACUGUAACUUAUUUGAAUGUCAAACCACCAUGAGACGUGGAAAGGGACGCAGAGAGAUGGAGAUCUGGAGUGUUUAUUAACACGUGUGCUUGGCCAAUCUUAAUGUGUUAUGAAAAGCAUGUACACGCUAUGUUAAAUGUAUUGGUAUGGCAAACAAAAAAUCUUCUCCGUCGUGAGAUCAUUACUGUGAGGAACUAUAGGAUAACGAGAAUCUGCGCGCAUGAGAAAGUUUGGAAGAAGCUCAGGAUGGAAACCUCGCUACCGUCGAGGAUCGACCCCGUCGUCAUGAAGCUGGACAGCCCAGAGUUUCGAUCCGUAUUUACGCCGGAGUUGCAAACUCUUGCGGGCUUGUUCCAGAAAUACAAUUACGAGCUGAGGAUCGCCGGCGGCGCGGUGCGUGAUAUUCUGAUGGGCAAGCAACCCAAGGAUCUUGAUUUUGCCACAGAUGCGACGCCACAGCAGAUGAAAGAGAUGUUCACGAAGGAGGAGAUCAGGAUGAUAAACGAGAAAGGCGAGAAGCAUGGGACAAUCACGGCGAGGCUGAACGAUAAGGAGAAUUUUGAGAUCACCACCUUGCGGAUUGACAUUCUGACUAAUGGACGGCAUGCAGAGGUGCAGUUUACCAAUGAUUGGAAGUUGGACGCUAAUAGGAGAGAUCUGACUAUCAAUUCUAUGUUCCUUGGUCUUGAUGGCAAAGUAUAUGAUUACUUCUAUGGUUACGACGACCUGAAAAAGAAGAAAGUAGUUUUCGUGGGUGAUCCCAAUAUCAGGAUACAAGAAGAUUAUCUUCGAAUCUUGAGAUACUUUCGUUUUUAUGGAAGAAUAAUGGACAAUCCAGAUCAGCAUGACGAAAUGACGAUAAAGGCGUUGAAGACAAACAUCGGCGGCUUGAAGCAGAUAUCCGGUGAGAGAAUUUGGAGUGAGUGGAACAAGAUCCUGAGCGGGAACUUCGCUCUGGAAUUAACUCUGAAAUUGCUCGAGUGCGGUAGCAGCAAGUACAUUGGUCUACCCGAGGAACCUGACGUGGAGAAUUUCCGAAUUGUCUAUCAGCGCGCGCAGUCUAAUAAUAUAACGCUGAAACCUGUAUCUCUAAUAGUGUCGAUGCUAAAGGACGAAUACGAUGUGAUCAAGUUACACGAAAGAUUGAAACUAUCUAAUUUCGAUAGAGAUUUAGCGCUCUUCUUAGUUCAGCAUAGAGAAUGCAAGCCAUGCGAAAAGCCGUUGAAGCCUUAUCAACAGUUGGCUCUUCUUCACCACACGAGGAGAAACGAUAUCCAGCAAGAAUACGUGAAGGAGAUACUGAGAUAUCGCGGUGCGGUACAGCUUUUGGAUGAAUUCGAGCGAUGGGUGAUUCCAAAAUUUCCACUCAAUGGCGGCAUGUUGACAAAACAUGUGCCGAUAAGAAAGAUGAUGAAUAGCGUAAUGAAUGAAUUGAAAAAAAUAUGGAUCGAUGCGAACUUUGAGCUCACCGAGGAGCAACUUAUGAAGCAUGUAUCAAAUAUAGUCAGCGAAUUGCAAGAAAAAUAUGAAACGUUAGAUAAAAAUAAGAGCAAAAAGGUGAAAUAAAUUUUUUUCGAAAUAUCGAAGUGAUUUGUAAAAUGAACGGUAUCGUCUCUUUAUAAGUGAAUAGAAUUGUUUAAUUUCUUAUCGUUUUAUAAGUUAAUUAGUCUAGAUAAUUAAUAAUUUAUUAUUGAAUAUGAAAUAAACAUGAAGUGAUUUUUGCACGUUUUUUUUGAGUUAUUUCUGAAAUUAAAUAGAAUAAAUUAGAAAAAUGCGGAAAUAACUGAAGGAAAUGACUAAAAGAUGUCAAUAUGUCGAAUAUAAAUUUAAUUAUACUGGCGAUUUAUAUCAGUAUUCAUAUUUCUUCUGAAAAGCAAAAAGAAACGCGUUGUAUAUUAGGCACUCAAAAAUUUAUUAAGAAAUAAAAUCCUGCAUUCUUUUUCCUGUGAAUAUAAACUCUGCAACAUGUGCUGUAUGUACAAUCGUAGCAGAUGUAUAAAACGAAAUUUGAGAAGCUACCGUGAAACAUUAACUAAAACGUAGACAUUUUGUACUCACGUAACAAGUAGUUGCUAAAUAUAUAAUAAAUGAAAUUCCAA